AAGGACCACACGUUAUUGCUAACAUGUGUUUAGCAAGGUGUAUGGCAUAUAUGAGUGUUUGUACUUGCCUAAUUGUGCAGUUCAGGGUUAGGCUUCCGAACUUCGGCGUCGCCUUUCCACCUUCAAUCAACUGCAAGAUGUGUGUGUGUAAAAACAUAAUAUCAUGAAGGGAGGCAGCAGUGACAGUCACAAUACUGAUUCUCAGGAUGAAGUUGUGGAGCGUGUCAAGGCUCGCCUGCAGGAAGAAGGGCGGGAGGCUCGCAACCUUGUUGCUUAUUCCUUACCACUUCAGGACCCACCUCACGCUGAAUCUGCAAUCGUAUGGCAUCGAGAAGUCAGGCGAGUGGCAGAGAUGAUCCCACGACGUGGAUCAAAGCAAGAUAAACGUCCGAGAUCGGCAUCAGCAGGUCGUGAUCCCCAGGCCAGUUUGCGUGCCCGCCACUGGGGCUUCCUUUUCCGAAAUUUGCAACAAGCAGUGGAUGAGAUCUACCAAACAUGUGAAGAUGAUGAAAGCAUUGUGGAGUGUAAGGAGGCAAUUCUAAUGUUAGAACGCUACAGCAGUGACUUCCAGAAACUCAUAGAAUGGUUGAAAUUAAAGUGGGAAUAUGAGCACACACCUCCCCCUCAACGGCCGAACUCCUUGACGUGGGAAAUUCGCACAUCUUCCCCUGGAAAGGCUUUACAACAUGACCGUAAGAUCUUGACUGUUAGUGAUGCAAGAAGAGCUCUCACAUUUGAUACUAAACAAGGACGUCCUGGUCUUAUGAAUGGUAAUGUACAAGAAGAAAAAACUGUUGACAAACUCCAGUCAUCUAAACAGGAUGCAUUGGACAGUGAUGUAAGGAUUUUAUCUGGGGUAAUUUCACCAACUAAACCAGUCAUAGUAGUGCACGAGGCAAACGUGGAUGAACGACAAAAGAAUACUCAAUUUUCCAUUUCGGUGGAGAAAGGAGAGGUCCAAAAUGAAAGAGUUUUGGAAAAGGUUAAUGAAUGUGAUGGAAAUGAGGCGAGUGAAAUGAAUGAUAUUGAGAAUUCGGAUGAAAAUUUGACACAAAAAGAAGAAAAUGUGCAAAAUGCUAUUACAAAAAUUGCGGAAAAUUGUGUUGAAAAUGGGAAACUGACAGACGUAAUGGAAGGUGACACAAUAACUGAAAAAGAAAGUAUAGAAAAAGUGAUUAAUAAUAAUGCUACUGUUAAAGUUGUAGACCGGAAAGUAGAAUGUGAAGAUAAAACUUGUCAGGAGGAUGCAAAUAAUUCAUGUAAAGUCAUUAAUUGUUCGGAAGCAUUUGAAGAUUCUUUGAAAAUGAACUCUGAUAAGGACUUCAGUACUCACUUCAAGGUUUCAGAUAGCCCAAAAUCUAAGGAAACUAAAUCGGUUCGAAGUAAUACUACAAUAGUAGGCUUAAAAUCAAAAGAUAAUAGUUUAUCGUUACCAAUAAAGGCAAGUGAUACUAAUAAAAUUGCUGAAGGGAAGACGUGCGACGUGAAAACAAGUGAGAGUGGAGAAGUGAAACGUUCAUGUGCAGAUGUUUUGCAGGGAAAAAGUCCAAUGCAGAAGCCUGGACCAACUGUAAAUAUGAAUAAAGCAUCCCAAGUACGUCAGGCAUUUAACCAAAACAAAACUCCACCUAAACAACUUCGUUCCAUGAGUGCCAACAGCCGACUGUCUUCUGUGUCUAGAUCCUUUGAUAUCAAGACCAAUAUAUCUAAACAACAGGGUGCCGGUGGCAAGUUAACUUACCGAAGAGUAGAAGGUAAAGCAGCCCACAGCCCUCCAUUGACACGCAGACAGACGGUGGAUCCCUUACGUAGCGGCAGUGGUGGUGGUUCCAGACACACGGCCCCAAAUGCAAUCACCAGGUCAUAUUCUUCAUUAGGAACAAUGAGUAGAGGUUUGGCUCGUGGAAACGUCAACCUUGCAGAUUCACGCAUGGGCAAAUGCUAUGGGAGCAGCUCAUUCUCAAAUAAUGGUGUUGGAAAUCAUGAGAGAACAGCUUCCAGUUCAUCACUCUCCAGCAGCACAUCAUCAAGUGGCCAGUCAUGGGCAGAUAAAGUUCGUGGUGCUCCACUCUCCCUCCAGUCAUCAAGGCUCUCUCUCCAAGAUGAUGGAGAAGGAUGGGAAGUUGUCCGGCGAGGAAGGCGAAGUCAUGGGGGCAGUACAGCAUCACUUAAUAGCAACAAUCACCAAGGCCAUAACAGUCCUUCUGUGAAGGACACACGUAGCGGCAGCUUGAAGAUGGAUGGUCACUAUGGUAGAGAAAUAAAGCAACGUUUUCAUGUUCCCAGUUCUGCCAUGUCUAUGCCAUCCUUGAUCAUUUGUGAGAGCAGUGUGUCAAAUGAUGUGUCAAAAGCUACUGGAGAAACUAACAACUUGUGUCAAAGGAGAAAUAGUCAGAGGAAUUGCCAAGUCUCAAAAAGCCAGAGCUUACCGAGUGGUAAAAAAUCCAUUAGUCACGGUAGUUUAGUUUCCUCAAUAGACAGUGAAGGAAGGGAAGACAAAGUACCAGAUUUUAAGAAACAGUUUCCUAAUGGCUCAAAGAGGACCGAGGGUAGAAAAAGUCGCAGAAAUCCCAAAAGUGUGGAGGAAAUAGGCAAUAAAAGUGAUUUUCAGAGGGAGAAUGAAACCAGUUUUUAUUUAAGUGUUACUGAAAAAGAGAAAAGCCAAAAUACUGUUAACGAGGUAAAAAAGAGCACUUGUGUUGAUGUAAAAAUUACUGAAUGUGAUAUGCAAUCAAAAGAUCAGAAUGAUAAAGACAGCAUGGAGAAUGAGGAAAUGUCGAUGCAGAAAAACUACGAAAGUAGCAUUUCUGAGAACCUACACGAAAGUAAUGGAGCCCUUGUUAGCCACAUAUGUGACCCGUCCAUACCAGAAACCUCGGAAACAAGUGAUGCUGACGAUGAUGAAGGUAAAACCCAAGCUAGUCUGGCAUCUGAAAGUUUGGAAAUUGUUCCUGAACAAGACCUUCUGCAAGCAGAAAGAGAAAGCAGGAGUUAUGACAGUGAUAGUCAGAUGGAUGAAGAGGAAAUGCGUAAAAAUGCGGCUGCUCUUGAAUCUGCUGUUCAGGAAGAGCAGCGUCUAAAACGGCAAAUAGAAGAAACUGAAAAGACCGAGAUAAAGGUGGAGGAUGUUGACGACUGCGAGGAAGAGGGAAGUGAUGUGUUUGGGGCAGGAGGCAGGGCAACAUCACCUCUCACGCCGCCCUACGACAGUCUUCUGUCAUCACUAAGCUGGGCAGACCAAGUAGAUGCAAUGGAGUCGCUGGACGAGCUACGUCACCCUGGCCGUGUUCUACACAUCCACGAGAAGUUAUCAUCCCCAUCCAGAAAGCGGUCAUUAUCAGAAAAGAUGCGACGACAUGAAGAAAAGUUGGCAAAAGCACAGGAACUCCGGGAGAAUUUUAUACAGGCAAAAACAGAUAAAUUGAAAGAUUUAUUUAAGAAGAUUGAAGAGGUACGACAGGACAAGGAAUGUCUAUUAGACAAGAAGAGAGAGUUAUUUCACCGCAAGAUGAAACGAGCUGAAGAAAAACGCAAGCAAUACCUCCAGGAAAUAGUAAACAAAGCCCACGAUGAAGAAAACAAAGCCAAAGAAAUAGCCUUUAUCAAUGGCUUAGAAGCACAGAAUAAACUUCAUGAUAUUAUGCAACAGCACCAAAGCCACGAGUCUCGUUUGGCGGACAUGGCUGAGGAACGUACUCGAAGACAAGAAGAAAAAGCAGCUAAAGAGGUUGCAGCUCAAGAGAGACGCAAAGCACUUGAGGCAGAAAGGCAGGCUAGAAUGGCAGAACUAUGUGAAAAGAGGCGUCGGCGCUGUGAACGUAUUGAUCGGCAGCAAGCAGAACGGCGGGAAGAACUUUUGGAACAGGCUCGAGAGAAAGCAAGAGAUCGUGAGGAGAGAUUGUCGGCACUACAGCAGGCUCAACAAGCUAAAGAGUCUGAAUUGGUCAAGAAGAUUCAACAGAAGCAAGAAGAAUCUGCUCGUCGUCAUGAAGAAAACAUUGAGCAAAUUAGGCAGCGAGCUCUUGAAUCUUCAAUUAUGAAAUAUUCAAGAGGAUGUGAUGAUGCCCCAAGACUUAUCAGAUAUGAGACCAAGAAGCUGUGUACACUUUGCAAUUCACUGAUCACCAGUGAAGUAUACUUGCUGAGUCAUCUUCGUGGGCGCCGGCACCAAGAGGCGUUAAAGGCACUCCAUCAGGCUGAUGUUUUGUCCACUGAAGAUAGUGAAACUUAUAAUCUAAAGCACAUUGUUGAUGCUCCUGCUAAUAUUGAUGAUCCUCAGGUCACAAGAGAUAAAGAGCGACAUAAAGCUCUAAGAAGAAGAUGUAGGAAGAUAAGGACGCGGAUGAUCACGCGUGGAAAAGAAUACAAUAGUGCCUUUAAACCAACCUCUCUUAGAGAUUCUCCCAACAAAGUCCGCAUCAUUAAGGCUCUACAACAAAUAGCAAAACUGGUUGCUAACCAGGGAUCUGGCCCUUGGCCCAGUGCUGACCUGACAGCUUUAGAUAGGCCUUUACUGGAAUUGAUAAGGAUCAUGGACAAGAGAGAGGCUGCAGAUCAGAUGUUAUUCAGUGCACAAGAUGGCUUCUCAAAGAUUGAUUCAGUUUUGAAAGUUAUUUUAGAAUCUAAUGAGCAGAGACCAUGUGUGUUACCAGCAAAGUCUCUGGGAUACAGUGGUCGUGUACUUCUCGGGGUGUGCAGGGCAAACACAAAUAACUGCCGACAUACUCUCUACUCAAAUUUAGUUGGCAGUUUGAUUGACUAUUUGAUGCAACGUCUCAAUGAACUUGUAAUUGAAACAACAAGGGUGGGCAGCAACAGCAGUAUAAACACAAUUGUUAAUCUCCCUGCUGAUACAGCUUCAGCAGCUAUAUUUGAGGUUUUAGCAGAGGUUGUUCAUGUGUUGUGUGAUGGAGAUAUACAGCCUGCCAUUUCUUCACAAGACCAAGCAAUAAAAGACCAGGCAGAUUCCACUUGGCAGCGUCUUCAGGAUAUUGUUAGUUACUGUGUGAGUGUUGGCCUGGCAGAUAAAGUAUCGUGGUACUUUAGCCAUGUGCAGGGACCACUGGAUAAUGAUGCUGGUGUUGUUGAGGUCAUUCUAGCAGCUAUGAGGCUCGUCUCUGCCCUGGCCAAAACACUUGCCAUAAGGUCAUUACCAGAAGAUCCUACACAAUUAAUUGGUACUCUUCAUGUAACUGAUGCCUGUGGGGUAGUUAGCCUUUUGUAUGGUAUUCUUCUGCAUCAAGGGGGCAGAUCAUCUCUGCCUCAGGCACCUCCAAAACUCUCACAAACUACACAUGCCAUUACUGUUGCAGCUACCACAUUACUGCACAACCUCGCUUCCCUGGAUCUCGCCAUGUUUCAGGGUGUGCUGGGGAGUGAAGGCAUUUCCUUGGAGUUUCGUCAUAUUGCCAGUUAUCUCCUCUGGUACUGUUCACACUGGCCUUGUGAGGAUAUUCUCCACAACAUUAUUCCUCUUGUUGGAUUCUUUGCUGUAAACAAUAGAGAAAAUCAGAUGGUGAUACAGAGCGGUGAAGUACCAAGUGUGUUGCAGCAGUUGUGCAAUCUUCCAUGGCAGUACUUUAGUGAGCCCAACCUCACAGCUGUGCUCUUCCCUACUCUAUUAGCCUGCUGCCUUCAUAAUCAUGAUAACAUGAUUAUUCUCCAACAGGAGAUGAGCUUCCAGGUUCUAGAGGACUUCCUACAUAAUAAUCAAGCUUCGGAUAAGCCUCUUAUCCACAUACUUGAGAGAACUCAUGUUCAGGGCUGAGAUUGCUCACCACGGCAAUGUUACAGUGUUGCCACACCAUCUGCCUUCUUAUCUGUUGUAACUGUAACUUACUUCUUAAUUACUUUAUGUCUCGCCAUUAGUGUGUAAUGCUGGGUGUGUUGAUUAUCAUGAUAUAUUGUUUUCAUACUUGGUAUUACAUUGUAUUGUAAUAGAAUCUCAGACAACAACACGUAUGCAUUAUGUUCUAAGAUAUUACACUUACAGAUUAUUCUGUACUAAAUAUAACCUUGAGCAUUAACAUUUCAAUUAAAUUAAAUGAAGUUAUCAGUGUACUGUAGAUGAGAUUACUGUUAUGUUCUUUAAUAAGUUUUGUACUAAAUAGUUAUGUAGCAAGUCAAUUUUAUAUCAGAUUAGCAAAACUGCAACUGUAAGCAGCUUAUUGGUUAAUACGUGUUUUGUUUCGGUGACUUAAUUAGUGCACAUUACUCUCUGUUUAAACAAUUAUCAUAACAUUUAUUUAAGCAUUUAAAUAUUUUCAAAUGACACAUACUGCUGAGAUUAUGAAAUAAUUUUUAUUAACCUAAUGAAAGAAGAUCUUCAUUAUUUGGUCAAGUGACUACUUGAGGUGUUUUGUUUUCAUAAUAAGCAGUGACAAAAAUGGUAAUGUGUAUACUCUUAGUUUGACUUCACUCAGGAUGUUUACAACUGUUAGAUUGUACCGUAGUGCCAUCUUACACCAUCUUACACAUUUUUCAGCUGCGUAAUGUAAGUCAUACAAGGUUAGUUGUCAUAAAAAUGUGAUGCAGCAUUCUUUAACAUGGUAAUACACAAUAUAUGAAGACCCUGUCAUGUAUGUCUCAAUUAAGAAAGGCUUAAGACGUUCUGAGCAUUCACAUCAUAGCUACAAAUACUUUGUAACAUACGCUGUGUACACUUGAGUAAAUGUGUGGUAGUUUACUGCUGUAGGAAGGUGUUUUGUAACGUGAUCGUCUUUAUCUACAUGUGUGGAGGUUUAUAAACAAAGAAAAUGACACUACAUAUAGUUGUAUAAUAUCCAAAUUUAAAGCAAAAGAUAUUUAACUAGAUUAAUGUGAUUGUUAAGUUUAAUCUAUUAUAUAUAUAUAUAUAA